CAGUUCUUCGUUUCAGUAUCGGAGAGGGAUCCGGGAGCAACUCCGCUCUCAUUUAAAGUCCCCCCCCCCCUUUUUUUUUUUUUCUUCGUUAAACGUCAAACUAAAAAGGUGGCUGUAAUCACACAGCAGAAAGUCUGCUGGUCGACUUUUCUUUUCGGUGUAACUGGAGUAAAAAAAAUCCCUUUAUUGCCCCUCUUCUCUUUGUUUUUGUGGCUGGGCAGCUUCCAUCUUAGGGGAUUUCGGUUUUGUCGAGACGAGGAAGCAGUCUCGCAGUCAGCACCUUGGCCCUCCCCGCCGGCCCGCUGGAUCUCGCCUUUGUCUCGGACCCGCAGCCAGGAGUCUAAUGCUCGUCGAGGAUGAGUCCUGCGCUGGAGGCUGUAAUGCAGACAGAUCAGAAGCGGUACCCCAGCCAAGGGGUAAUGCUUGAGCCCUUCGUUCACCAGGUGGGGGGCCAUUCCUGCGUGCUCCGCUUCGGGGAGCAGACCAUCUGCAAGCCCCUCAUUCCCCGGGAACACCAGUUCUACAAGAGCCUGCCGGCGGAGAUGAGGAAGUUCACCCCGCAGUACAGAGGUGUGGUGUCUGUCAGCUUCGAGGAGGACGAGGAGGGGAGCCUCUGCCUGAUGGCGUAUCCCCUGCGCGGUGAGGCGGGCGACCUGGAGAAUGUGGACCCCACUGCCGACUGCGAGCCCAAGCACAAGAUGCUGAAGCGGAGCAACGUGAAGCCGCCCGCUCUGCUGCCGGAAGGUGACUAUUACGGCAAGGACAGGACCAGGCAGAUGCGCAAGGAGGACAAGAACAAGAGCCACAAUCGUGAGGAGCGUGAGCAGGCCGAGGUGCUGUGCUACAGCCUAGAGAAGGGCAAGGUGAUACCGCAGCUCAAGCACAACCCCUGGAGCCUGAAAUGCCACCAGCAGCAGCUCCAGCGCAUGAAGGAGAACGCCAAGCACCGCAACCAGUACAAAUUCAUUCUGCUGGAGAAUCUGACAUGGCGAUACAACAUGCCCUGCGUCCUGGACCUGAAGAUGGGUACCCGGCAGCACGGGGAUGACGCUUCCGAGGAGAAGAAGGCCCACCAGAUCCGCAAGUGCCAGCAGAGCACGUCGUCCUCCAUCGGAGUGAGGCUGUGCGGCAUGCAGGUGUACCAGGCAGACUCAGGUCAGCUUAUAUUCAUGAAUAAGUACCACGGACGCAAGCUGACGCUGGCCGGCUUCAAGGAGGCGCUCUUCCAGUUCUUCCACGACGGCCGGCGCCUGCGGCGGGAGCUGCUGUCCCCCGUGCUGCGGCGCCUGCGGGAGAUGCAGGCAGCGCUGGAGGCCUGCGAGUCGUACCGCUUCUACUCCAGCUCGCUGCUCAUCAUCUACGACGGCGACCCGCCGCGCGCCCAACGCCAGCGCCACUGUCAUCACGGCGGCGAGGAGGGCGAGGAAGAGGAGGAUGACGAGGAGGAGGACGAGGAGGACCCCGGGGCGUUCGGGUUCCACUGCGGCGGAGCGGCGGGCGGCGGCACUGGCGGCUGGCCAUCCAUGGGGGAACCAGGCCCCCUAGUGGACGUGCGUAUGAUCGACUUUGCCCACACCACCUGCCGGCACUACGGGGAGGACAGCGUGGUGCACGAGGGCCAGGACAGCGGCUACAUUUUCGGCCUGCAGAACCUUAUCACCAUCAUCUCAGAGCUGGAGGACCACAGCGCUGAUUAAGCCCUUCUCCAGACCAGUCUGGAUCCCAUCCUCGGUGUGCACGUUCCCUCUCGGCGAGGGCUCCAUGCCACUGGAAGCCUCAGAUGGAGGGAGCAACACAGGAGGGCAGCGGAGAUGAACAUGCAGCUACCGGCUGGCCCUCUGCGUGCUCGCUCACUCGCUCCAGCCAGAGUGCUGCUGCCUUUCCUUCACCAGUAAAGGACAGCAGAGAUGGACACCCAUGUCUCCAGCUCUUUGGACAUCUGUUGGUAACACUGACUCAUGUGCCGUUAAUGGUCUUCUUCGAUUUUUUUCUUUUUUUAUAAAAAAAAGGGAAGAAAAAGGUGAAGCAUCUUGACAAAACAAGAAGUGUGAACAGAGCAUGGCGUGAACGAUGGAUUGCCUGAUCCGUGCCAGUCCCACUCGUGUCUCUGUCUGAGCUGGCUUUUGGGCAGAGAUGGUUUCUGCAGUGGGCUUGUCUGGUCUCUCUUCCAUACCUGUACGGACUCCUGAUGAACUUUGGAAUGAAACCGACCAAGUGAGGGCGCGUGUGUGUUUGGGGGGGGGGAUAGUAAGGACAGUGGGGUGAGGAGAAACACCAUUCUUUAUACCACACCUCUCUCCCUCCAACAGAUGAAGGGAAGAAGAGAAGAAUUAUUGAGGACUGUUUUGGGGGACAAAGAGGGACAAUCGUGUCACCCUGAGCCCCCUUAUUCAAUGUCUCCUCCACCAGUUGUCCACUUUCAUUCCAAAUGACAAAGGGGGGUGUGUUGUGAUAAUAUGAUGAAUUAUAGGAACAGAGACUAUAUAGAUCUUUAUUUAUUUGAAAUAUUUGUUACAAAAUAAAAAAUAAAACAGACUACAUUCCACAUUACUGUUAAUGUUAUGUCAAAUAACUGUUUAUAAGAUCAAGUUCAUAUACCUCUGUCUUAUAUAUCUUGUGUGUCGGCAGUAUGUUGGAGCAAAAAAAUAAUAAAAAGGAUUUCUGUUUGUAGUAA